CAUUUUUCAUCACGUUGGAAACUGUCACCGGUGACGUCAAUCACGGAGCACUGACCAAUUAGAGCGCUGGGUGAUUGUUUAGCUCCACGGGCUGCAGCGCCUACCAUGAAUCUCUAUUCAGUAUCAGAGCGUCCUGCUGCUGCCUCUCAAGCGAAUGGGAUUCCAUGUUGUCUGCAGCUAGACUUAACUUUAUAAAGUUUUUUCCCCUUUAUUUUUCAUUGCGAUUAAAAUAUAUUUGUCAUCAUCAUUAUUAUUUUGCCUGCUGUCAAGUUAUUCUAAAAUUAGGAAGUAAUGAGCGUGGAUGCAUUGGGAAGCCCCGUGAUGGACCCUGCGUUUUCCAAACGGAACACGGCGCUGAGAUUAGUUGACUUGGCAGGGGCUCACCACCAUCACCAUCAUCACCACCAUACCCCUCAGAGCGUGACAGGCUUCCCGGGGUUCAGCAGCCAUCCACACUCAAUGGCUCACUCGCACCCUGGGGAGAUUACUGCGGAACCCCGCCUGGGGCCGAGUCCAUUCGGGCCAGAACACAUGGGGCACUCCGCGGCCCUCAAAAUCAGCCCAGCCCAUCAUUAUCCCCACCACCAUCACCACCACCACAAUCAUCAUAUGGCAGGCCACAGUGAAGUGGUCUCCAGUCAAACGGGAGCUUUUGGCCCGGUUCAGGCGACAUCCGUGCCCUAUUCUAUGACUCACACGGCCCAGGCUUUAUCCGCAGGUAGGGAUUUCCUCAUCCGGAGAGACCUGACAGCUCAAGCUAUGCCAGUGCUCGCCGACCAGACUGCUGGUUCAGCCUCUCACCACGGAAUGUUUGUCUCAACAACAGGUAGCUAUCCCGGACACUAUGCUCAUCACCCUGACGCCGGGAACCAUACCACCCUCUUCUCCGGACUGCAUCACGAGCAAGCUUCUAGCGGAUCACCGGGUGGCCAGGCGCUGAAUGGACAAAUAAGGUUAGGACUACCUGGAGAAAUGUACGUUAGGUCUGAUCACUUGAGUCAAGUGGCAAGCUCCAGGGCUGAUCCGUUCUCCGGCUCGCCUUUGCAUGGCUACGGCGGUCUGAAUCUGAACAUGAAUCUGAGCGCUCAUGCCCACCACCAUCACCACCACCACGGAGCCGCCGGUGCUUUUUUCCGCUACAUGAGGCAGCCGAUAAAGCAAGAGCUGAUCUGCAAGUGGCUGGAGCCGGAGCACUCGCCCAAGAAACUUUGCUCCAAAACUUACAGCACCAUGCACGAACUGGUAACGCAUGUGACCGUGGAGCACGUCGGAGGACCCGAGCAGGCGAACCACAUUUGCUUCUGGGAAGAGUGUCCGAGGGAAGGCAAGCCGUUUAAGGCAAAGUACAAACUUGUAAAUCACAUCCGUGUGCACACCGGGGAAAAACCGUUCCCUUGCCCGUUCCCUGGCUGUGGGAAAGUGUUUGCAAGAUCCGAGAAUCUGAAGAUUCAUAAAAGGACGCACACAGGUGAGAAACCCUUCAAAUGUGAAUUUGACGGCUGCGACAGACGCUUCGCCAACAGCAGCGACCGGAAGAAACACUCUCACGUGCACACCAGCGACAAGCCCUACAACUGCAAAGUGCGAGGCUGCGACAAGUCCUACACGCACCCCAGCUCGCUGAGGAAACACAUGAAGGUGCACUGCAAGUCCCCGCCGCCCAGCUCGGGCUACGAGUCGUCCACCCCGUCCCUGGUGUCCCCGUCCUCGGACCUGGGCCUCCGGGAGCCCGGCGGCUCCUCGGUGUCGCUGUCGGAGCCGCCGGGAGCCUCGCAGCCCGCCAACCUGAGCGAGUGGUACGUGUGCCAGAGCUCAGGUGCGAGCGGCGCGCACAGCCCGCCCAGCGGCCGCUCCUCACCGGACCCCUCAGAGCCGCCUUACGCCUGAAUUAUGGUUCCGCGUUAAAUCGACGCACGUAGCCUAGGGCGUUGGGGACGCGGCGACGCGCUGCCCUACGGCGUAGGCUCUGCGUCGGUGUAACGCGGAACCAUAAUUCAGCUUUUCUUUUUGUAUUUUGGUGAGCCACCAGGCAUGAUGAGAGCCAAGAGGACACAUUAAAACCAUAUUGGAAGCUAAAAGCGCAUUCUUGAGGAACUUCAUGCACCAAAACAGAACUUUUCUUUUUUUUUUUUCCAAACCUCAGUUAAAAACUCUUGGCUCGGUGCCCACAGUCCACCCACACCGAGUCCACUCGUGGGGACAGACACUUGUACAAUUCUGUUUUACAGUGUGGGACAUGAUUUUAGGUUAUAGGCAUGUUGGUGUAAAACGUUUUUUUUUUUUUUUUUUUUUGUAAAUUCUACUUUUGACUUCAACAUCUUUUUAUUUAUUUUUUCAAUCCAAAAUCGAGGAAUUUUUUUGUACUAUCGAACCAAAGUGCAUGUUUCCAGCGAGAAAAAAAGACAAAAAAAUGUACAUUUGUAAAUUUUGUAAUUUUCGAUGUGUCGAUGUCCAUAGUUUUGUAAGGAUCUGUCUCAACAACAGUUUCUCGCCGAGUACUGCAGCUCUUUGUACAAACAUUUUUUUGUUUACAGCCCGCCCUGCAUAUGUGCAACAAUUCAGAUGAUUCAUAAGCCUGCAGUAUUUGGUACACGAGCCGUGGAAUUAUACGUGUUUUAUCAAAGUGGGCAUUUUGUGAUUUUGUAUCAUUGUCGUCAGUGUUUUUAUUUCUUUUAUUUUUUUUAAUUUUUACUAUUUUAUCAGAAAACGACAAGCACUCUAAAUGCGUACCGAACUGCCUUGUAAUUUGUGAGUAUUUUGAAUAAAUAUGAAAUAUUAAGUUCAUGACAUAUUUGGCGGAUAUGUCACUUAGUAUAUCUUUAAAAUGAAUCGAUAAAAACAAAACAAAAAUCCUCAUAUUGUUCUUGCUUUACGCACGGU